AUGAAUAUUACUCUGGCCAUAGGCCUAGCGUCUUCUGAUAAACUGGACCAUACCUAUCUUCCACCACCGGGUGCUCAAUUUGCUGGAGGUAUUCUUGGAAACCAAGAUGCUCCACUGGAACCUCCUCAUCAUACUCAUCCAGGAUUAGGUCAAAUCAUUUCAGGACAUGAACAACACCGCCCAAGUUUGGGAGUAAAUGGAGAACCUGUGAACUUUGGUGAUAAGAUCCCAAAAGUACCUUUCAAUUACAAACAGGAAAGUCUUCCAACUACGACCACUUCUUAUGCGUUCUCUCAGACAACGACUUAUCCACCCACCGAAGGUUUCAAUCCCGCAAACUUACCUAUAAAUCCUGUUACUGGACUUCCAAUUCUGUUGGAUCAAGGAAACAUUCCCUCCGGAUCCACCCAAGGGCAACAAAAUACUCAGCAGUUGCCGGGAAUUAAUCAAGGUCAAAAUCCAGUUUAUGGAACCAACUUGCAACCUGGAGUUAUUCCUCAAGGACCGAACACCAUCAACUAUAACCAGCCUGGUUUCAAUCAACCUAUAAACCAGAUUUCGGGCCAAUAUCCGGGUCAAAAUUUGGUUAAUUCUGGUGCACAAAUACCUGAAUCUGUCAACCAAUUCCGAGGUCAAAAUCAAGGCCAACUACCUAUUGGACAAGGUUUUGUGCGACAGGGUCUUCUACCUACUGGAACUACUAACCAGCCAUUCAAUCAAUACCCAGUACAGAACUUGGGUAAUAAUGGAGGUGUUGUAUCUAUUCCUGGGGGUAACCAAGGCUUAGUUCAAUAUUCUAGUCAAGAUGCAACUAACCAGGGAUUGGUACCAUCAACUGUCUCCCCAAUUAAUUCUCAAUCGGGUGUCAAUCAAUAUGGCGUUAACUAUGAUGGAUCUCAAGGACCACUUACUCAGGGUACUUACACUGGUCAGCUAAUAAACGUAGGAGAACCUCAACCUACUCAAACGUCGUACCAAAACCAGGGACCUUUUAAUACUGGUGGUAUAUCGCAGUAUUCUUCUGAACACCCAAAUGUAUCAGGACCACGAGGACAAGGGUCUUCCCCAUCUUACAACAGUAUUACCAACACUACUCCAUUUCCAGCAAUCCCGUCUUCUACUUCUGGAUAUUCUUCUGUCAGACCAGUGUAUCGCCCAGAAAGACCUCAAGCUGAAGCUGAUAGAAACGCAGUGAUUCUCAACUAUGAAAAUGUUCGUACUCCAAAUGGUUACUCCUACAGCUUUGACACUUCCAAUGGAAUUCAUGCUGAUGAAAGUGGCAUUGUUGAUAAUGGAACAAAGGCACAAGGAUCGUAUUCUUACAUAGGUGAUGAUGGAAAGUUGUACAGCGUUUAUUAUACUGCUGAUGAGAAUGGAUUCCAACCUCGCGGUGAUCAUCUACCAACUCCACCACCUAUUCCUGAAGCUAUCCAGAGAGUUAUCGAGCAAGCUGCGAAAGAUGAAGCAGCUGGAAUAGUAGAUGAUGGGUCGUACGAUGAAUUUAAGUAUGGUGAUGACAAAUACCAAGGAAUAUCAAAACAACGUCGCCCACAAAACCAGGGCCAGAAAACAUUUGGUUUGAUAAAACCUAUUACUGGAAUAAAAGACGUAGAAUAUGAUGAAGGUAUUUCACAAAGUCAGUUUGAUGAUACCGUUCUAGUUAGUGGGGCUAAGAAAGGUUCCGAUAAUAGCUUGACAGUAAAACGUCCAUCCAAUGAAGGUAUUAACGAAAAUGGCGUUGUUGACCAAGAAAUCAAAAGAAUUUCAGAAAAUUCUGGAAAACCAAUACAAGAUUUUCAUGAACAUGGUAAGCCAGUUGAAAAACAAGGACCAUUCAAUCGAGGUAACAAUCAGAAUAAACAAGGAACUGCUAGUGGUAGUCCUGUAUCUAAUGGAAAUAAUAUAGUUUUCAACGAUGCUGAGGAUGAAAUUGAUAAUAAAGAUUCAACUAUUAACAAUCAAGGUUUUUCAAGUCGUCGCCCAAUAUCUGAUGGUGGAAAGGAUGUUUUAGUGACGAAAUAUCCUGGAGCUAAUGUAGAUGUCACGACUUCUAACUACCCAAAAACUGAAAGUGACGGUUUCGUGGACAACGACAGUCAAACAAUUGUUUCUAGUAAACCUGGAGCAUUUAAUGAAUAUGAUGACAAUAAAGAUUUGGGAUAUGAUAGUAUCACAGGAGCUCCUAUAGUUGGAGGUAAAAAACAAACAUUAACUAAACGAAUCAAAGGUACCCGUAGACCGAGUUCAAACAACCAAAAUGAAAAUGUAAACUUACCAGGACAAAAUGACGUUCAAGAAAAUGCCAAGACACCUUCAAUUUCAGAAUACAUCGAAAACGCUGCUAAGCAACCAAGUUCACAACAACAAACAACUCAACAAGGCUCUGGCUAUCAUUACCAACAACCAAGUACAACAUUUGAACAAAAUACAUUUCCAACUCGUUUUAGAACUCAAGAAAUACCUACAACAAUAAAACCCGAUCAGCGUAAUACUGAAUAUAUUGAAGGAACCACUCGGAAACCUUUUAUGACCCCGAACGUAUACGAACAAAAUGAAAAAGCCAGUCCAUCAACAACAAGAAAGCCUUUCACACCUAAAGGUGUAACAUCACCCUCUGAAAAUGCAUACACUGAUUAUAAGGACGAUGACUAUGCCACUGAUCUAGAUAUUGAUGACGAGAGAAAUAGUUCUGAAAAAAUUCCUGUUGAAAAAUCUGGUAUCACUCGACCGUACGAAACAACUCGAAAGGGUUCAAGACCUCAAUAUGGUCAGAAUGAUCGAAAAUCAGGAAUUAGUCAAAAGCAGCCGUCACGACCUGGUCAUAAGACUGGAAAUACAGAAGCUGUAGCUCCAGGAUAUACGUAUGGCCCAACUACUUCUACACCGACACACCAUUCUCGAUUUGGAACUACUGAAUCUCCUCAAAAUACAAAACUUGACGGUCGUAGACCAUCAAGCCCUAAUUUUGAAGCAACAACGGCUGUUGGGACCCCUGUCACACAGUCAUCUUUAGGUCAAACGGCACCAAACUAUAAAUAUCAAUCAACUGGCCCCCAUUCCAAAUACUUUGAUAGUAAUGUAGUAUCUGGUUAUCCAACUUCUCGAUAUACCCCGGGUCUUGGCUCAACAUCUGGCACCCCUGCUGUAUCAAAACCUCAGAACUACUAUACGUCUACUUUCAGACCUUCUCAAAGUUACUCGACAACAUCAAGUUCGCCAAUUUCUGGAUAUCAACCAGGAUCUGGAGUCCAAUUUCCAGUAGGACCUACAGGAUCUCCUGUACCUACUCAAGAUAACGUCUUCCAUACUGGUUAUCACUAUGGACCACCCAAAUCAGGAAAUCCUUCAUUUGGUCACGAUGCUGGAUUUUUCACUCCAACGGACAGUUCUAGAGUCUCCCCAACUUCACCAACUGGUACAUACCAAACUACUUUCCAAGGUCCUGGAGAGUUUCCAAGUACUACAUUAAAACCUUCUAUUGGAGGAAGACAAGACAACUUUAUUCCAUCUUACCAAGGUUCUACCACAUCACCGCUACAGGAUCAUCAAGGUAAUUUCCAAAAUCAACCAUCCACUCCUGGCUAUUCCACUACUAUAAUGUCUUCUACUCCAGGAAGCAAAACUACUUACCCAGGAUCACCUAUUACUUAUAAAGAUACGACUGGAUAUGAAUAUGGACCUUCCAGGCCUAAUUAUUCGUCUACUAACUCACCAUCAACAAUUGGAACAACUCCCGCUCCUUACAACCCAACUGGAGCUACCAUUCCAUCUCAGGGGUCAACCACCUAUCGUCCUGUAUUCCAGAAUACAGAAGACUUGUAUGUAGGUGGAUCUGUUGAUGGGUUCGGAAGACCAAUACAAACAAAUCAGGGAUCUAAUACAGGGUUUACUUACCCAACUCAAGGCCCAAUAGGGUCUUAUAAUGGACCCAAUUUUGGGGGCAAUCAACCUUCUACUUCAUACCCUGGAGAACAGCCCAGGGUCAUCGGCGAAGAUUUUAGCGGUCCCAAACAACCUCAGAGGUUUGAUCCUAAAACUGGUUACCAUUACAAAUGA